AUGUCAACUGCCCAAAAACCACCUCCAUCCGGAGGAGAUCUUCUUCGUUCUCUUCUGAUGGAACCAACCAUUGCUUCUCAAAAACUCAAGGAUACGGUCAUUCAAACUCUCGGGAUCCGCGAGCAACCAUCAGUAUGGACCCGGCCAUUCGUUUCCACCAACGCCAAUUACCAACCAGUUCCGAAUUUCCCAAUCAAGUAUCACUACAUGUACACCGACGUUGCCGCGAUCCCUUUGCAUCAUUUUUAUAACCCAUCGCUCUACAAUGGAGCCAAAAUCGAUGUCGACGACUAUCUCCCACAGUGUGAUCUCUACUGGCUCCGCAAGACAUACGAGAGAGAUCUCUAUAAGAAAAAGCAGCAAUUGAAAGCUAACAAUCUCGCUCACUGUUCCCUUUCUUUUCAUGCACCGUAUAUUUCAAUCCUCGCAAUUUUACAUGACUGA